UUUGUUGUCCUUUCUUUAACCUGAGAAGAGCACUGGACGAUGAACUUCCUGUUUUGAAUGCAAAACAAAAAUCAGGAUAAAUCAGGUAAUUGACUAUAAUUUAAAUCUUGCCUCGGGGAAAAUGAUAUUGGGGUUCCUGACCCCACCUGGAAGCAUCAAACGAAGUUGUCGUGUUUAACUGGUGUUAAAGAGGGCCUUGAGAUCCGUCAUAGGCCUAAUAUCUGUUGAAGUAGUCAGUCACACAGACGAGAUGGAAUAUUUUUCACCUGACGUAAACAUAGCGCCAUGCCAGAGUGCAUGUGAUACACUGGGCUUCGAGAUUUAGUGGCUCUGACAUACUUCUUCAUGUAGGUAGAACAUCGAAAAAGGGGCUUACCCAUGGCAAUCCCAUAACUUUUUUAUAACUGAUCUUGGAGAUUUUCAUACGAAAUCCUGCGGAACAUUAUUUUGCCUGUGGCUAUGUGGACAGAGCUGCGAGAGAUGCGAGAUCGAAAUUUUCUCGAACCACACCAGUCCCGAUAACGAAUCGAUACGCACAUCUUGACGUGGCAGAUUUAUCUACAAAAUGACAGAUGCGGAGGAAUACCGGUAUGGCGUUCACCUAGCUAAGUGCUCCAACUCCUCAUGCGCCUGUAUGCAUAUUCAGGAACGUUUACACGACGGCAUCAAAACACUGGGUGUGACAACGGUGGUGGGUGAUAGUGUAUACUCCAAGGCUGGGUCGCGAAGUGACGAAAUCCUCAAAUACGCCGGACAGAGUUUGUUUACAGUGAUUCCAGCAUGUCGUGACGCGACUGUGAGUUUCCAGUACUGCUUUACCAAAGCACCAAAGAGCCUCACUGGUCGAUUCGUUGUGGUAAUGUCGGAGCCAAUAAAAAUUCCACCAUUUCUAAAAGAUUUUAAUUGCAUUCCUCUUUACAAUGUUAAAGAAACGAACGAGUACACCAGUCUCAUAACCUGGUUUGACAAUAAUGUGACACCGUCGCUAAGAGUUACUCGCAGACCACCAGUUCGAGUCGUCCCUAAACCUGUGCCUGAUCGGCCCUCUCAGAUUGUAUCGGAGUACAGAAGACCAGAACCGUUACCUGGUGAACAUAGCGUCCAUUUGUCCGUGGAAAAUGAAAGUAGCACUUACACCUCCGACUCCCUGUCCACCCUUGGCACUGAAGGAAGAAACAAGUUUGUGUCUCUGCCAAGCCUAGAGAUCUUGGAGCAUCCGGACAGCGGACCAACUGCCCGUCAAUAUUGUACUGACAUAGAUGAUUGCCUUAGGACUGAGUUUAAAAACGAUCUACAAGAAGGGAGGUUCCAUUUGGUAUUUAACCACUGUGACUCAGCGGCAAAAAAACGAGAUGGGGUUCUCUACGCCUUGCAGACUUUUAACAAGCGCACGUUGCCUUUUCCAUUAUCCUACGCGGCCCAGCUUCUGAGAUGCAACCAGGAAAAUCUCCGGCUUCAUGGGCUGAGCUACAUCGAGUACAAACUUCUCAGAUGGGAUGCGUACCUGAAAAGCGGAGAGUUUGAAGACCUAAUGACACUGGAAGGUGAAUUGUUUGAAGUACUGGCGGAUCCAGGGCCCAUUGGGCAGUUCAAUAUUCCUCAGGUUUCGCAUAUCGCCGGGUUAUACAUGCUGUGUCUGGCUGUUAUUCGGGAUCAUUUUGAUCGUGACAAAACUGACCAACAUAAACGUUUCAAGAACUUUCUGAAGGAACGGCAAUUCCAGAUUGAUGAGGAAAAUGACCGAAACUAUUAUUACAAGGCCCUUCAGAUCAUUUUACGCGAGGCUUUUGAGAAGGGAAACAAAGGAAGUGUGGCCAGUAUUCUUCAGUUCAAGACUACCUUGAGAGACUUUCAGAGAGACCACACCCAUGCGUCUCUUCAAGAUUUAAAGAAGGUUACAGAACGGACUCUGAGGCAAACUUCAAUGUAUAAAUUUCGAAAUCGUGAGGCCCGCAAGAUGGAACGGAUGUUAACGUACCAGGUCAUCGUAAGGGCCGUCGUCGCCUCGCUCAAGGACAAAUGUGGCACAGCUUCAGAAUCAGCCUACGACAGCCAUGAGAUAGAGUUGCAAUCCAACAGUGAUUUGCUGGAGCUCUUACAAUUCUUUUCCACACAAGGCAUCAAGGCAACGUCAGUCGUCUGGCAGGAACAAUUCAAACAAGAGCUCUGUCCACUGCUGUUUCACGACAGUGCAAAAAUUGUGAAGUGUAUUCGCCAGAUCGUGCAGUAUCCAGUUAUGUCGCCGAAAGAAAGAGAGCACCUGCUUCUAGGGCACUUCUUGGAGCUGUUCUCCACGGUGGGUCUUGAAUGGAGAGGCGCCUACUCUGGUGAGCUAAGUAAGGCCGAAAAGUGUCAACGAUGGAAACACUACAUAGGCAAGAUUGGGGGCAGCAGGAAACCUGCUGGUGCACUUGUUUCUAUCAUUUUCAACGGUUACUCACCCAGCGAUGACUGCUCAGAAAUGUACAACUACGGCCUUGAUGGAGAUAGAAAACGUAGAACCGAAUGUGAAAUCCUUGGACAUCUGGGAGAAAGCAGUUUGAUUCUUCAGCUUUACGCUGUUAAUUCCUCCUCGGGUAAGUUUUUGUACGUUAUGGAAAUGCCGCCCGGUGGACCUUUGCAAAAGUUCCUCUUAGAACGACGCUCACAGAAAAACUGGCUCUUAUUGCAGGAGUUGAUAGACAUUGCAGUACAAGUGAUCUGUGCCAUCGAAUACUGUCACAGAAAACAGAUCAUUCACCGAGACAUCAGGACUGAGAACUUUCACUACUGUAAGGCUGACCGCACCUUGAAGCUCGAUAACUUUGGGAUCGCCAGUCACUUUCAUGGUCCGGACGUCACCGACGUGAAUGCAGAUGAGAUUGCAACAUUAUGGUCAAGCCCUGAAACACUGAGGGACAAGAGAACUUCGACGAGUUCUGACAUUUGGAUGCUGGGCCAAACACUGUAUGAGUUGUUCAUGCAUGGCAGCUGGCCGUACUCUCCUCGGUUGAUGACUUUUCCAUAUGAAAAAGUUAUUUAUUGGAUCGCAUACAAAGGAAUCAAGCCCUUUGAAUCAUCAGGAUGCAUUCCUCCUGAAAUUUGUAGAGCGAUUCUCACCUGCUUGGAAAUGGAAGAAGCCGAGAGACCAACAGCCACGAGCCUGCUUUCGCACUUUGGGGAUAUGCAGUCUGAGUAUCACAAUAAUGAGGUGCAGAUCCCUCAUGUGAACAUGGAGCAGCUGCCUUACCCGCGUCUGUGUAAGUUUCAGGUUGAUCGAGCAUCAAAGGCAAUUAAGGGAAUCCCGCCUGAACUGUCUUUUCCUGAUUCACCAGACGGCAUAGAGGAACAUUUCGAGCCAGACCACUGGGAAACUGACUUCAUUGAAGACGAUGAUCCAGAGUUUUCAAACCUGACUGUCAAGACCGUUACGCACGAGAGUCCGUUGUAUCAGCAUACAACAGAAGAAGUGAAGACUCUGUCAGGUCCAAUUUCUGGUCUUAUUCGACUCACAGCGCACACAAGGCAACAAGAAGAAACAGUUAUGGAGUCCGAAUGGAGCUGUCCAAACCCUGUAUUUCUCAGUCAGUACGUAACCAGGGCAAUUGACAGAGAUGACUCGUUCAUUGAUGAAGUUAUCCAGAUCUUCAGGGACGUAACCAAAACUCUGACAGAACUCCACAAGAACCGAUGCAUUCACCGAGACAUCUGCGCCAAGCACAUUCUGGUUGACCCACAAAGCGGACAAGCCUGCGUGUACAGAAUAGCGCGGGUAAAGCAAAUCAAAAGGAAGCAUGGAGUCAAAGUUGAAGGUUUCAAAGAAAACUGGUCAACUCAUGAAAAAUUCUUCAAGCGAGUUAGAUGGUUUCCAGUAGAAGUGCUACAAGACGCAUACUACUCAUUUAAAGGGGACGUGUACAUGUUGGCAAUAACAAUCUGGGAGACGUUCAACAUCAUCAACCGAGUAAGACAGAGGCGCUCAUUAACCCUCCCAUUUAGCACCAUCUCAAAAGAUAAGCUAUCUGGUCAUUUAGCCAAAGGCGCUAUUCUGCCUUCCCCCGGGACCUGCUGCCCUAACUGGCUGUAUGACGUUAUGAAGGAGUGCUGGAGCACUUCACCUGCGGCUAGACCAACAAUGGCGCAUGUCAACUUGUGCUUAGAAAGAAGGGAAUAUAUCCCAUCAUUUGAGUUCAAACGACGAACGGAUCUUAACAAGAACAGGAAAGCAAGCUGUUUUCCGCAGGGAGGUAGUAUGUGGUUUGACGGCGAGGAUACAGUGCCUAAGAGACCUUACACAGUAGACUUUACCCUCUGCCGCGAACCCUGGGUCAACGACCCAAGCAAUCGCUUCACGAACGUUCCAAGGCAAAUGUGCAACAGGGUCGCAAAGACUUUAGCAAAUAUUCCACCAGUUGAUUCCAUUCCACAGGCGAAUAAGGGGGAUCACAUGUAUGAACAGUUGAUUCCAUACGAUCCCACUGUACAGCUGGAGGCCGAGUCGGAUGCCGCGGUGUAUGACGAUAUCCCGUCAUACCAUGGGAGCAGUAAUGCUAUGCUGCAUUAUGAGUAGUUACUUGUUACAGCCUAAUAUAAUACUAGGUCGUUUUCAGAGGCGUGGACAAACAUCUGAAAUAAGCUCAAUACGCAGCAUGAAUAUUAACAGCAUUAACUGGUGUUAACACCCAUAUAUGCCCAUGACGACAGCAACAUAACGAGAGAGCAGGGACAAACAUCUGUUCACACAUAACCAGCCACGACCAUGCUACAACUACCAUCUGUUCACACAUAACCCACCACAAUCGUGCUACAACUAGCAUCUAUUCACACAUAACCAGCCAUGACCGUGCUACAACUAGCAUCUGUUCACACAUAACCAGCCAUGACCGUGCUACAAGUGACAUCCGCGGCACUAAAAAUAUUUCACUUAUAUGAUGUAAUUAAGACAUACAGCAUAGAGAGAAGAACUGCUGUAUCGGCAUCGACCCGUGUCAGAACAACCAUUUAGUCAAACAUAACUAACAGCGACUAUGCCAUAACAUCAACUUGGUCACACAUAACUAACAACGACUAUGUCAUAAAACAACCACUUGGUCACACAUAACUAACAACGACAAUGUUAUAACAACCACUGGUAACACAUAACUAACAACGACAGUGUUAUAACAACCACUUGGUCAAACAUAACUAAAAACGACUAUGUCAUAACAACCUCUUGUUCACACAUAACUAACAACGACUAUGUGAUAACAACCACUUGGUCACACAUAACUAACAACGACUAUGUGAUAACAACCACUUGGUCACACAUAACUAACAGCGACUAUGUCAUAACAACCACUUGAUCAAACAUAACUAAAAACGACUAUGUCAUAACAACCUCUUGUUCACACAUAACUAACAACGACUAUGUGAUAACAACCACUUGCUCACACAUAACUAACAGCGACUAUGUCAUAACAACCACUUGAUCAAACAUAACUAAAAACGACUAUGUCAUAACAACCUCUUGUUCACACAUAACUAAGAACGACUAUGUCAUAACAACCACUUGGUCACACAUAACUAACAACCACUAUGUGAUAACAAUCAUUUGGUCACACAUAACUAACAACAGUUUUAUAAUCACCAUUUAGUCAAACAUAACAGCAACAAUGUCAUAACAAUCACUUGGUCACACAUAACUAACAACGACAGUGUUAUAACCACCACUGGGUCACACAUAACUAACAACGAUAACGCCAUUACAACUAUCUGACCAAAUACAACCAGCAAUGACAGUGUCAUAACCAUGCAAAACAAAGAACCACCGUGUCAUGACCACCAUUUGAUCACACAUGACCACCAACGAAGCAACAUUAAGUGGAAAUAAGCAAGAUAGAUAUGAGUGGAGUUUACAAAAGUCAUGGAAUUGAUCCUCCUAUAUAAUCCUUUCUCCACCAGCAAAUACGAUAAUCCACUGGUAUUUCUGCGGGUAUAUAUGUUUUUUUUUGUUUUUUUUUCAAAUAUCCAGGUCUACUUGUUACAUAAGUUACAAGAUUCGACUUUCGUAUAUAUUUACUUUUCUACCAAAUUCGGUAUUUCUGUGUCGUAUAUAUUUACUUUUCUACAAUAUUCAGAAUAUCGCUGAAAAAUGAAAACGUUUGUACAUAAAUUCAUGUGGUAAAUUCAUUUUUGCAAUAAAACCAUCGU